AUGGCACUGUCAUACCCCCAAAUGGGGAAGCUCGCAUCUGCAGCGAGAACAAAGGGUGGCUUUGUUAAAAAGCCGCAAUCUCCCAAUUUGGGAGAUAACCUAAACACUGCGUCAUUGGAUGAUGAUGAUGACCUGCCACAUAUUGGUAGGACCUCAGGGACAAACCCUGAGGAUCCCAAAAACUUACAUGGGGUAAAUGCAGGGAACAAUACCCUUAGAACCCCAUGUGCGAACAUGAUCUCUCCUAGAAAGAGAGAGUUCUCACCACUGGGUGAGGAGGCAAACAUGCGCACACAUAACUUGCAAGAUUGCAGCAAGCUGGUUCACUCCCAAGUCUAUUUGACUGGGAGUUACACAAAACCAUCAAACGAUCACUCCCACUGGCACAGGGAGCCGUUUUUGAUCCCAAAAAAUGUGGAAAAAUCUUUCACAUGUCCAGCAUCGUCUCGCAUUAAACGCAAGACGUCCAGAUUGCAAUAUAGCAGCAAUCUGGUUCACUCCCCAGUCUAUGCAACUGGGAGUUGUCAUAAACAACCAAAUGACCAUUCCUGCUGGCGCAGGGAGCCGUUUGGAGUUCCAAAAAAUGUGGAAAAAUCGUCCACAUCUACGGAAUCGUCUCGCGUCAGCCGCGAGACGCCCAGAUUGCGAUAUAGCAGCAAGCCAGUUCACUCCCCAGUCUAUGCGACUGGUAGUUGUGCAAAUCGAUCAAACGACAACUCCUGCCAGCACAGGGAGCCAUUUGUGAUCGCAAAAAAUGUGGAAAAAACUUCCACAUUGUCUACAUCGUCUCACAUUAACUGUGAGACGUCCAGCCCGCAAAAUCGCAGCAUGCUGGUUCACUCCCUAGUCUAUGUGACUGGGAAUUGUGCAAAACAAUCGAACAACAACUCCUGCUUGCACAGGGAGCCGUCUUUGAUUGCAAAAAAUGUGGAAAAAACCUCCACAUCGUCGCUAUCGUCUUGCAACUAUAGUGAGACAUCCAGCUCGCCGCCUAGGCGUGAGCCGGUUCAAACCCCAGUCUAUAAGACUGGGAAUCAUCAAAAACCCUCAUGGAACGACCCCCGCUUGUGCAGGGAGCCAGUCCUGAGUGGAGGAAAUGUGGAAAAAACUUCCACACCACCGACACCAUCUCACAACCACUGUGAGACACUCAGCGCUCUAUCUGAGAACGAGUGUACACACUCCAACAUGGAUAUAAAGGCCAUGUCAUCCAGAUCGACACAGACUCACAGGUUGAGCUCACUUCCGGACUGUCCUCAGAUGGCCUCGGACCCAGCAUGGACACAGCAAAGGGACCAGGUGCAGGAGGAUGGGGAAGCUCCCCGAAGUCGAUUGUCCGAGAAACUUCUGGACUUUUUCCAGGUCCCAUCCGAAUGGAGGACAGGAAGUGAUGAAGAACUCCUUCUCAGGCUAAAGGCCCGAGAAAUAAUAGGAGAAAAGGUCAAGGGCAGAUGCUCAGAGAGCACAGAGGCUCAGGGGAAGCCACUGCUGCCAAGGCCGAACCCAAAACUUUUGCCAAAAAAAGUGAAGUCACCAACUUUGGAUGAGGUCACCGAAGUCUGUAGGAGUGCAAUGUGGCAGAAGAAGGAGCCUAGUAAGGAGAACCCACAAAUGAGCGGGCAACCAUCAACACCAGGCCCCAUCUUAGGCGAUAAAUGGCCCUCCUCGGUCACUUCACCCAGGCAAAGGAUAAGUGGAAGUAACCUUCUGCAAAACCCCUCCAGUAAUGCUGGAGAGAACCAAACAAACCCUCGUGAAAACUUCACAAGGAAAACUUCCAACAGGGUGAAGUGGGACUGGUUAAAUAACGGUCCUACUCGACUCCCUGACAUGAAGUGGUCAGGCAAAAACAAUACAGAAAAUUUCUGGCAGUGGUACACCACACUGCUAGGAUUCCUCACAUCACGAGGAUAUAGAGGCGCACACUACAAUGAAAUCCAUCUGGAUUGUCUCAUUGGUGGAUUGGCAGAGCCUGCACUCUCACACGGACUAAAACUCCGUGAAGAAGCCCUCCUUAGAGAUAAAGGGGGGAAAUUUCUUGAAGUUCUCGAUACUCUAAUGAGGACAUAUAUCAAGGAGCCUGCCACAUUGAAGGUGACGGAAAAACACUGCAAUGUAAAGUACAAUGCAGGAAAAGGACCCAGACAGUCCUACCCAGAACCAUCGCUUAAUGCUAGGUUUCUGGAAAACAUCCUCCCUGAAUGCAAGGAGGAAAUAAUCAAAAUGGGAUUCUCCUCUUUCGAGGAGAUGUUCAGAACAACAUCUCGCAUGGACGAGAUGAAAAACAGGCUGAGGAUAGCUCCAGCCUACAGGCCAGAAUGCUAUGCCAGACCUGAAACCACCGCGACCACAAAUCACGAAAAGCCCAACCAGGCAGGAAAGGAGAAACACGCAGAGGCAAGAGCCAAUGUGCAAGACCCUAAACCCAAAUGGAAAGGCGAAUCCUCCCUGAAGCAGUCAGGGAACACCGACCAAAGGCCAGUACAAGUAUGCAAUAAUUGCGGAAUACCAGAGCGGACAAAGAGCCGCCCUGAGCACCAGUUAGUAGGAGACAGAAACCCAAGGCACAGGAUCGCCAGGGAAGUCGACUACAAAACAGAAGGUGAAGUUGGAGACGACUCCGACGAAGAAGAACCGGAGAAUAUCUCUGGUGAUUUUGAAGUGGAGGACACCUCCAAUGACUUUGAACCAGAGGACCCAAACAAGGGACCUCACUACUCACCCAGAAGAAAGGGUGAGGACAUCAGUGUUGGGACCACAAUAAUGGCCCCAAGAUCCGACGUCAUUGAAAACAAUGACGAAAAAAAUACACUAAAACUGACGAUAAGCCAGACCAAAAAAAGAACUACCAACUCUUUGGUGAUGACACCAAAGAGGGAUUCCCCUGAGGAAAGUCACUCAGAAGACAACACCCCCGAGAAAAAAACCUUGGAGGGAGACCCACUGAAGGAGGACCCUUUGGAAGAAACCACCCCAGAGUCUCCAGAAGAAGAUGAGCUCUGGGUGGAGUUUAUACUCGGCUGGCUAGCGGCCACAAUCCACCCUCUCCCCAGUAGAAAUACUGGGCUGCAUCAUGCACGAUUGGCCAACAAGGCCAAUCAGCCCUCCUCGUACCUGAAGGAGGACCAAGAAUUGGCAGAUAAGAUCAAGUAG